AUGAUGGAGAUGGUCAUGAAGAGUAAGUCAGCCAAAACGGAGUAUAAAGUGCGAGAUUUGGUGGGGAAAACGAUUGGUCGUGUGCAGUAUUUUCUGAACAAAACGUUCGUGGAAUUGUUGGAUGAGGGUCGAGUGACAUGUAUUCAAGGGUAAGUCGUUGGCUUGUGUUAUUGUGUUCUGGGCUGAAAGAAAGUGAGAGUCGGUAAACAAUGCUGUAAUCAACAGCGGAAAAACUUUCAAUGUUCUCUGUUCAGCUUACCCACAUUUUAAUUUACUUUUUGCUCGAUAGGUGUAACCGGUGAGCCCACUGCUAGUGUAAAUCCUCAGCAAAAACAAAAGUGGGUAAAGAACCGAAGGACUGGUGGUGGAGCUAUUAUCCCAUGCACAUGGCUGCUGUGGGUACCACGAGGAAUGGAGGAACGAGUGAUGGAAGUGAUUAGAGCACGGUUGCCUGAUGUUGAUGGACACGAAUAUAUGGACGUCCAGGUUAGG